AUGGCAGCGCCGACGUGCGCAUGCCGCGAGCUCGGGAGGUUCGAGCCCAGUGGUCGGCGAUGGCUGUCCGGGUCAGCGACGACUGUAGAGAGCAGCGAGCAGGGCGCGACACGGCACGUUUCAGAAAGCUACUUCCUGUAUCCGUCGCAGAGAGACAGCUGGUCCAUCGAGGAAGAGCUGUACAUAUCAGACAGGAAAGUUACGUGGAGCUCCGGGUCCAGGCCCGUGAAGAAUUUCAGCUUCGAGGCACCUGUGCUACAGGCAGUAUGGUGCAGUUUCCAGGGAGGGCGAAUGGAGGAUGAGAUGAUGGAUCGACAGAGCAACACGCUCGAUCAGCUACCUGAGAACGUUUAUCUUUGUGUUCUGAUGAAGAACGAGCUUGCCGUGCACUCGUCUGAUGGAGAAGAAUACACCGUCUCCCUCCCUUUCCACGCGACUAGGAUGUGGGAGACUUCCGCAAGCUACUUGCUGAUCGAAGCGGAGAAUGAGAAUGCGAACGGGCCGAGGAUAUUCAGCCUUUUGCAUCCUCUCGCAGAACCAAAACCAGUUGGAAUCUUGCAGGAUGGCAAGCUGGACAUUCUCCGACUCUCCUCAUCUAAGGUCCCCUGCCUUGCGACAAUGGUGGAGAAGGUGUUUGACUGCGAGCAAGUGUUCUCUUCGGACGAAGCGUUCCUCCCCGUCCUCAUGACUUUUGACGAGACGUCCCGAGAGCGAGUCAUCUGGGCCGUGAGCCGCCUUCCCGACAAGCAGUGGACUCCUGCUACGACGCACCUGGCAUGCUCGAGCUCGGGAGGCAUCUCCUAUGAAGAAGGGGAUGCAGUCGCCAUGGUCUACUCCCACCAGUUCGGAUGGACAGCAUGCGGGAGCAUCGGGCUUGGAGCAGAGAUCCGGAAGGACUGGAGGCCUAGUCACUGUGAGGUCGUGGUGAAGCCGGUGUGGAGAGCAGCGGGAUCCGUGGAGUCGAAGACAGCGAUCAUCUACUCACAGUCUAACGACGAUAUGUUCCUCGGGUUGUUGCAGCCUGAUGACAGGAUGGCGGUCUACUCCGUCACAUUUCGAGAUGAGACCGCUCAAGAUUUCAAACUUUCAGAUCACAACCCGUCGGGAUUCAAACCCCCAGACCACAACCCGCGAAAUUUGAAGCUCUCGGACCACACCCUCCAGUUCAAGAGCAGGUUGGCCGAGUCAAAGUUUGUUCCCAAGAAGAUCAUCAACAGCGUUGCUCAAGUGACAAGCAUCGAGGCGAUGUGGGGGAUCAGCAUUUCUGACAGCACCUCAGUCGAGAAAGCUGCUCUAGCCCUCGUCAUCAGCAACCAGAAUGAGCUCAUCCUCUACCAGGCCUUGAAUCCCCUCUGUAAACUGCGACUCAGGGCUCCUUCCUCUAAGUACACCAGACUGUCGAACUCCGUCUGUGGGAGGGUGAACGUUGAGACGGAGGACGGACAGUGCUUCCGCUUCCAAGUCCCGUAUGCCUCCUGCUCCCUGUCGCGCAGUGUGCUUGUCCAGAUCCGGAACAACAUGAGCGAUGACUUCUACCUGUACAGCAGGAGAUGCAUGCUCGCGCUGGAGUGGGGGGUCGUGGAUGGAGAGAGCUGCCGCGACGGUCCAGGAGGAGAGUGGGGCUACCUAGCUGGAGUCCUGCAGGCCUUGAUCGAGCAGCUGAAAAUCCCGAGACACUUUGACGCCAGCGACGACUUUGACACGAUGUUCCCAACCAACUCGAUGCAGACUUCGUCCUCCUGGGAGCUCCUGCUGCAGUCUGAGUUCCACCUGCAGCAGCACAAGGGCGGGUCUCUGCCUCGUCUCCUCGCCGACUCGUGCCCUGGCGCCAGCAAGCCGUCCAGGUCGACCUGCUGUGUCUCGGACGUCCUUCUCUCGCGCUGGAGGGAGGCGAAGCUGCAGGUCUCGCCCGAUGCCCUGACAGCGGAGCUGAGAAAGCUGCUGCUGGCGCUUCACCUCCUCUACGAGGACGUGAAGCUCAACGUGCUAAUGCACGGUCAGCUUGUCAAGCUCGGCAGGCUGCUCCUGUUCCUGUCCUGCUCGCUGGGAGCGAAGAGCUACUGCGACUACUACAUUCGCCAUCACCCCGAGCUGAACAGCCUGGUAGGCGAGAAAGCCCUUUCUCAGCUGCUCAUGGCCAAGACCGACGGGCUGGCGGACAAGAUCCCGGACAUCUGCCGGUGGGUCUGCGAUCAGCUUGACGGCUACUUCCCCUCCCCAGAGGAGUUUGUCGACCCCAGCAGCAGGGUCCUCCCCAUGACCUCCAAAGUCUGCAAGCUCUUCGCCUGCCUCACUGGAGACGUCGAGCAGCCGGCGGCCGACGGGCAUCGAGGCAUCUCCGAGUUCGACCAGGUCAGGAUGCAGAGCCACGACCGUCUGUCCCCCGUCCCCCACCUCCUCACGAGUGCGGAGCUCAUGCGGCAAGCCUCGGGCAUCAGCUUGCGGGAGCCGAAGCACAGCCGGCAGGUUAGCCACCCGGAGAGCGUUCGGAGCAGCCGAGCAGCGCAGACUCCGCACGGGCUGAUCCAGGUGGGGGAGCUGGACGAGCGGAGGAGGAUGGCGAUGUGCGAGUCGGUGGUGGAGAAGAUGAUCGAGCUGGGGAUGAGUAAGGAGGACAUUGACUGCCUUCCUCUUGCCUUCGCCCUCCCCCUCCGCGAGUGCCUGUGGGCAUGCAGGGCAAACCCGCCCAAGGGGUGGGGGAUGGAGGCGUGUAGGCUGGUGUCCCGUGCAGACCUGGCGAGUCCCGUUGCUCCCCGGGCGAUCAAAGUGACGGGGGUGGAGACGUACGACGUUUUCAAGGGGGACCUCAUAGGGGAGAUGAAGAGGGCGCGGCAGAGUCAGCAAGCAGGAGGAGGAGGAGGAGGGGAGGAAUUUGCUGCGACUGACAAGUCGAAUGUGGAUGGCACGAGGAUGGACGGAGAGUUUGCGAGGUUGCGAUUCGGCAAGGACAGGAGGCUGGUGGAGGUUCGCCGGUGCCUUUCCGCUGUCAAUCCAGUGAGGAUACAGAUUUCGAGCACAGAGGUUACCGAUCAUGACAUUCACUCAACCAAUCAGAACAAGCUCCAGCUUAUCGCCCGUAGAACGCUCGCCCUCUCCGUAGGACGAGGCAUGUUCACCCUUGGUACCGCUACUCCCCUCCCCACCGAGGCUCUCCCCAUCCCUCCCCUCCAGCUCAGCGGCCGCCUGCAGUCCAACGAUGCCCUGAUCAAACUUGAUGUCUCCCUCCUACCUGCCGACCAUGCCGCCUGGCCCGAGUUCCACAACGGAGUGGCCGCAGCCCUGCGGCUCUCGCUCGGUCAGACGGCCAUCUCUCGUACAUGGAUUGUAUACAACAAGCCGGAAGUAGCAAACUUCUCGCAUGCGGGGGUGCUGAUGGGCCUCGGCCUACAGGGCCAUCUCAAGGCUCUGGCGAAGCCGGACCUGUACAACUACCUGUGCCAGGACCACGAGGCGACUCAGAUCGGCAUCAUGCUGGGCAUGGCGGCGUCGAAGCGCAGCACCAUGGACGAGGCCGUGUUCCGCAUGCUCUACGUCCACAUUCCCUCCCUCCACCCCGCCAACUACCCGGACCUCGAAGUCGCUUCCCCCGUGCAAACGGCAGCGAUCAUGGGGCUCGGGCUGCUCUACAUGGGGUCGAAGCAUCGGAGGAUCUGCGAAGUUCUGCUGGCGGAGAUCGGGAGGAGGGCCACCAACGACAAGCUGCAGGACAGGGAGGGGUACGCGCUGGCUGCUGGACUGGCGCUGGGUCUGGUGACCCUCGGGCAGGGGAACUCAGCGGCUGGGCUAGCUGAUCUCCAGCUGGAGAAUAUGCUGAGGAAGUACAUCUCUGGGGGGAGGGCGGCGGACGCGUCGCAGGCAGUGAGCAACGGGAGCGACCCGUCGCUGUGCUGCAGGAUCAAGGAGGGGGAGAACGUGAACCUGGACGUGACGUCCCCCGGGGCGACGCUCGCGCUGGGCCUCAUGUUCCUCCAGACCAACAGCAGGACCGUUGCUGCGAGGCUCGAAAUCCCCUCGACCAACUUCAUGCUGCAGGAAGUUCGGCCGGACCUGAUCCUGCUUCGCAUCCUGGCAAGGAACCUCGUGCUCUGGGACAAGAUCUCCCCCUCCUCCUCCUUCUUCGAGUCUCAGAUCCCCGAUAUCGUCAAGGGGGCGUACCCCGAGCUGGAUGACAUGGAGCAGGGAGCUGAAAAGGACGGCAGGGCAGGGAAGCACACAUGGGUCAACGACGUUGAGACCCUCCGGCAUGUGCAUGCCAACAUCGUCGCAGGCUGCUGCCUGUCCCUCGGACUCCGGUGA